AUGCCGUUUCGGGAGUUGGCUGACUCAGCGAGCCGCGAAAUCCCUGGCCUGACUCCAAGGUCCGCCACCAGGUGUCCCGUGUCGCAGCCACACCGCGAGAGCCAGCCACGCUGGACUCCCGGCCGCGUCCUGCAGCUGCAGCUACCGUCGUCUCCGGUGGCUUCCCAGUCGCCGGUGGCCUCGGCGGCGCCGCGUCGUCGACGCUCGUCGUGCAGCGCCGUGCGACUCGUGACGCCCGGCGAACUGGUCGACUCGUGGCAGCGUCGGCGGCGGCUACUGCUCGUCGACUGCCGGCCCUUCCUGAGUUUCAACGCCGGCCGCAUCCGGUCGGCGGUGAACGUGAACUGCGGCGACCGCAUCACGAGACGACGCCUGCAGCAAGGGAGGCUCGCCCUGUGGGACCUGGUCGCCUGCCGACAGGCGCGCGACCAGCUGCGACAGGCGCGAGACAUCGUCGUCUACGACGACUGCACCGAGGACCUGGAGUCGCCGCAACCGAGCUCCUCGCUGGCGCUCGUGCUCGCCGUGUUGUGCCAGAACGGAGCCACGCCCGCCGUACUCAAAGGUGGCUUUCGCGAGUUCCAGCGCCAGUUCGCCCACGAGUGCACGAGCAGCGCAGCGCCACCGCCAUCUUGCGUCGAAUCCGCGUCCGAGGCCGUGCGCGACGUGUCGCAGUGGCCCGCGACGUGCGUACUACCUUUCCUGUUACUGGGCAACGAGCGUGACGCCCGGGACGCCGAGCUGCUGCAAAGGCUGGGCGUCGGCUACGUGCUUCAUGUGACGCCGGCCCUCCAGCAAACCAACACUGCUCCUCAUCCGACCAACGCCGGCGCGGACACGGCGACGACGGGGGCACAGCAGGAGCAUUGUCCGGGACUACGGUGCAAGAGACUGCCGGCGUCGGACAGCUGCCAUCAGAACCUGAAACAGUUCUUCGACGACGCCUUCCAGUUCCUAGAUGAGGCGCAUGCGAGCGGUAGCCGCGUGCUGGUGCACUGCCACGCGGGCGUGUCCCGGUCUCCGACGAUCACCGUGGCCUACCUGAUGCACCACCUGCGACUGCCCCUGGUGGACGCGUACCGAUACCUCAAGGCCAAGCGACCCAUCAUCUCGCCAAACCUCAACUUCAUGGGACAGCUGGUCGAGCUGGAACAGAAGCUCGCACAAAACGACCACCAACAGCCCUGCGUACAGUGCUGCCGGGCAUCAGCCACCUUGCUCGAGCUGCUCGCUGCCGAGCCGUCUUCGUCGGCUGGUGUCUGAGAGCGCGAAACCAUCUUCCUAGGGACCAAUCCGGUGCCUUCGACGUGUUCCCAUCAGCCUUCUUCGAUUUGUGUGUGUUUGUGUGCGGCUUUAGUCAUUUAAGGCAGAGAAAAACUAAGCCACGCUGCAUUUGUGCCCAAGAGACCUUACCCAUCGUUUGGUUGUGAUACGUUACUGGUACUCCAUAGGCGUGCGCAGGGUUCCUCAAUACCCGCCACGGAGGUGUAGUGGUUGUGGUUCUCGACUGCUGCCCCGAAGGACGCGGGAUCGAAUCCUGGCCGCAUUUUGAUGGACGCGAAAAUGCUUAAGGCCCGUACUUGAGCGA